UUUUAAUUAAAGAAAGCUGAGAAAAGAAAAUAAAAAGUUCUUCCGUCGAGCCUCCGGAGGGCUUACAAACGGAGAACGGCGAAGAGAUUCACAGGCGAGACGAAAAUGGCGACCUCUGUUACUGCGCCAAAGCUAUCAACCUUUUCUUCUUCUCCGACCUUCCAAAACCUCCGCAAAAAGUUCCCGGCGUCUUUCUCUUCUUCAUUCCUCCAUCUUAAUUAUCUUCACCACCCCAAUUGCUUCCUACCUUUAGUUCUAUCUCCUCGCCGCCAUUAUUUUUCUAAGAACCGUCUCUUCUCCCUACGAGCUGAAUCCGACAACACCACCGAUGCUCGUAAAUACGAUUUUGACCUCUUCACUAUCGGAGCAGGAAGCGGCGGUGUCAGAGCUGCUCGUUUCGCCGCUAAUUUAGGCGCUUCAGUUGCCGUUUGCGAGCUACCGUUCUCUACCAUAUCUUCGGAUACUACUGGAGGUGUAGGUGGAACGUGUGUUCUUCGUGGAUGUGUUCCUAAGAAAUUACUUGUGUAUGCAUCAAAGUAUUCACAUAAUUUUGAAGAGAGUGGUGGUUUUGGAUGGAAAUAUGAAGUAGAACCGAAGCAUGAUUGGAGCACAUUGAUGGCAAAUAAGAAUGCAGAGCUUCAAAGACUUACCGGCAUUUACAAGAAUAUUCUGAGUAAUGCUGGAGUUACCUUGUUAGAAGGUCGUGGAAAGAUUGUGGAUCCGCACACUGUUGAUGUGGAUGGGAAGCUUUACUCAGCAAAGCAUAUAUUAAUUGCAGUUGGGGGGCGUCCCAAUAUUCCUGAUAUUCCGGGCAGUGAAUUUGCUAUUGAUUCUGAUAAAGCUCUUGAUUUACCGUCAAGACCAAAGAAAAUUGCGAUAGUUGGAGGAGGCUACAUUGCCCUUGAGUUCGCUGGCAUCUUCAAUGGUUUGAAAAGUGAAGUUCAUGUGUUCAUUAGGCAGAAACAGGUUUUGAGAGGCUUCGAUGAAGAGGUUCGAGAUUUUGUUGCAGAGCAAAUGUCAAUUGGAGGGAUUGAGUUCCACACAGAAGAGACACCUCAAGCCAUCCAGAAAUUAGCUGAUGGUUCUUUGUCAUUAAAGACCAAUAAGGGAACAAUUGAAGGUUUCUCUCAUGUUAUGUUUGCAACAGGCCGUAAACCCAAUACAAAGAAUUUAGGCCUCGAGACUGCUGGAGUAAAAAUGAACAAGAAUGGAGCAAUAGAGGUUGAUGAAUACUCCCGUACCACAGUACCAUCCAUUUGGGCUGUUGGAGAUGUUACAGAUAGAUUGAAUUUGACUCCAGUUGCAUUGAUGGAGGGUGGAGCACUCGCAAAGACAAUUUUUGCUAAUGAACCAACCAAACCCGAUUAUAGGUCUGUGCCAUCUGCCGUCUUUUCCCAGCCACCUAUUGGACAAAUUGGUAUAUCAGAGGAACAGGCUGUGAAAGAAUAUGGUGAUGUUGAUAUCUUCACCUCCAAUUUCAAACCAUUAAAGGCUACUAUUUCUGGUCUUCCAGACAGAGUUUUCAUGAAACUUAUUGUGUGCGCCAAAACCAACAAGGUUCUGGGAUUACACAUGUGUGGAGAAGAUUCAGCCGAAAUUGUGCAGGGAUUUGCAGUUGCAAUAAAAGCUGGAUUGACUAAAGCAGAUUUUGAUUCUACAGUAGGUGUCCAUCCUACAUCAGCUGAGGAACUCGUCACUAUGAGAACUCCAACUAGAAAGGUUCGGAGCAGUUCUUCACCCGAGAAAAAGGAUGAGGUUAAAGCUGCUGCAUAAGAUGGAGAAGUUAAUGUGCCAUGUUAUUUGCAUACAAUAUCUACCAUUCUCAUUCUACCAUGUACAUCAACUUUUGUUAUUUGGAAACUGGUGUCACAAUCAUUCAUUCACGACCACAUUGGAAAAUCGCUAGAGAGCAAUUUUUUUUCUUUUCCCAUUUUGGAUACAAUUGUAUUCUAAAUUUGAUCCAUAUUAGAGUGUGAUUUUUGGCUUGAUUUAGUAUAAAUACUGUUUUGUAGAUUAUGAUCUAGAUUAUUUUGUGAAUUUUGGGCACCUAUUUAGGA